UCUGUCUUUUCUCUCCACUCCAUCGUCCCAUUCCCAUACAGAAUCUGUUCAGUCUCCACGACUACGAGUACGACCCUCUUUUUUUUUUUUUUUUAAUUUCUUCUUCUUCUUUUUUUCUUUUUGUUUUUCCUUCCAAAUUUUCGAUCUUUCGCAUCACGCAUAGCAUGCUUCUUCUCUGCAAAUUCAAUAACGCUUUCUUCUUCGCCUCUAUCUUCCUCCUCUACUUAAUUUCUCUCUUUCCUCUUUUAUUUGCCGACGUUGAUUCAAGAAUAACGCCUCCUCCUGAUGCUCCCUUUAUGACCACUUCCUUCUCCAGUCCACCGUCCCCUCCCCCAUUUCCAGAUUUUCUUAAUUCCUCUUCACCUUUCAAGCCCAGCAUUGCCGUUGUUGUCGGCGUCUUAACCACCAUGUUUUCUAUUACCUUGCUUCUGCUUCUCUACACCAAACACUGCAAGCGUGGCAACGUCGUCGUUUACAAUGGUUUUCACUCUGAUUCCAUCAGCCGGACAGGAUACGCACCUUCUACAGCCAGAAAGAACUCAGGGAUUGACCGGGCCGUCAUUGAGUCGCUACCCAUAUUCCGAUUCAGCUCACUCAGAGGCCAAAAGGAUGGCCUCGAAUGCGCUGUUUGCUUGACCAGGUUCGAGCCCCCAGAGGUUCUCAGAUUGCUUCCUAAAUGCAAGCACGCUUUUCAUGUCGAAUGCGUUGAUACUUGGCUCGACGCCCAUUGUACCUGCCCUCUCUGCCGCUACCGAGUCGACCCAGAAGAUAUUCUCUUGAUCGACCACGCCUCCAGCAAUAUCCUCCAUGGCAACCACUUACGGCCACCGCCAGAAGAUCCGGAGUCGUUGGAUGUGGAGAGCAGGAAAGCAGAGACCCAAUCUGAGAUAUGUCGGAGAAUUUCGGGUAGGCACUCUUCCGCUGGCGAGAAGGCAAGUGGUUUCCUUCCUCAAAUUGUGGUGCAGAGACCAACUGCGGGGUCCGAGCGCGUUCCCUCUGGCUCCCACAAUCAUAGUAGUAAUGGUCCGACGUCGUUUGCUAGGAGGUCGUUGGACAUUGGUAGUUUGAGAAAGAAGAGUAAUAGCGAGUCUGUAGCCGUUGGGUGCUUUGACCGUUACCAGUCGAAUCAAAGAAAAGAUGGGCUUCUCUUAACCAACGAUGAUGGUGAUGGUGAUGGCGAUGGCGAUGGAGAUAAUCGCGAAUCAAAGAAAACAGUGCUAGGUGCAGUGGGAGACAUGACAAGACUGGAGCAUCGGAUUAUUGUCUCAGGGAGUGGGUUCCACCAAAGAUGGAGCGAUGUACAACCGUCAGAUCUGCUAUAUCUACGAUCUGAAUUGAUCAUCAGCGGCAGCCGUAGAUUGUCGACGGCUUUCGGAUCUCGGCCAUCAGUAGGGAGGCAGCAACAGCAGCAGAAUGCGGAGGGAGAAGGGAACGAGCGGGUAGGAGAGAGCAUUGAUGAAGAAAGUGGCAGAAGCGUAAUAAAUUCGAGAAGCGUGUCGGAAAUCACAGGACUCAACAGGUUUUCGAGCAGAGAGAGUAACAACAGCCGUCACCAUCGAGAACGACAGGCGGGGGUUGUAUCGAGAUGGUUGGCUUGGAUUUCUUCUCGGUCACAAAAAGAUGUACGGGCCAACCGUACUCCCACUGACGUUGCGGCUUAGAUCUUAUCUUAGGUCUUUUAGCUAGUUUACCUUCUUCUCCUCCUCCUUAUAGCUCACAGUUACACGAUAGGAAGGCAAGGCAGCAGAAUUUCUCCCGCUGAUUAGCCAAUUAGAUUUUUGGAUUUUUUUUCUAUUUCUUUAAUCUUUUUAGUAUUUUAAAUAUUCUUAAAAAAAAAUUAGAAAAGGGAUUAUUUUUCCA